GGGAUUUUGACCAUUUCAGACUUAGGAAAGAAAAUCUAGUUGAUAGUGAUUCACGACAAUGAUUCUCAGGAACAGUGUCUCUCAGCUUCUUCAUCAUCACCACUCUAAUCAACUAUCUCGCGUUCUUCCGCGAAAAUCUUCUUCAGAAAACAAUCGCAUCAAGCUCCCAAUCUCUCCACACACCCUCUCUUUAUCUUACUCCGAUUUUCAAUUAAAACGUUGGGGUUCCAGAUUAGCGGUUCAUAGGCGUGUAUCUGGAGAGUUUUCUGGUGGGAUUGAUCAGGAUGAACAUGAACCUCCAAAUUAUGCACAAAUUUCACCUCAGAGACUUGAUCACAAGACAUCUUUUGUGGAAAUUCUAAAGAAAGCCAACUUUGUAUUGCCUCACGUAGUUCUUGCUUGUACAAUACUGGUUCUUAUCUUUCCACCAUCUUUCACAUUGUUCAAUAGCAGGUAUUGCACUCCAGCUUUAUGUUUCUUGAUGUUUGCAGUGGGACUUAAUUCAAGUGAAGAAGAUUUUAUUGAAGCUUUCAAUAGACCACAAGCUUUUUUUGCACGUUAUCUUGCCCAAUUUGUUCAAAAACCAUUCAUUGGUUAUCUUUUUGGAACAUUGGUCAUGACAAUCUGUGGCUUUCCAACUUCCUUAAGUGCUGGGAUUAUGCUAACAUCUUGCGUCAGUGGGGCCCAGCUCUUGAACUAUGCCACUUUUCUAAUGGACCCCACAAUGGCUCCACUAAGCAUUGUUGUGACGUCAUUAUCUACUGCUAUUUCUGUUUCUGUGACCCCACUUUUAUCACUUUUGCUGAUUGGAGAGAAAUCGCCUGUUGAUCUCAAACAAAUGAUUUCCAAUAUUUUGCGGAUUGUAAUUUCACCUCUUGCUGCUGGAUUGCUUUUUAACAGAUAUUUGCCAAGAAUGUCUAGCACCAUACGACUCUUUUUACCUCUUUUAUCAGUUCUAGUGACUUCACUAUGUAUCGUAUCUCCCAUUGCUAUUAACAUACACUCUAUUUCAUCAUCUUUUGAGAUAACGCUUUUGAGACAACUAUCUUACAAAACAGGUUGGUAGAGAUGAAGGGAGGAAGAAAUCUUGAUGCAACACCUUCUCGUUUUAAAUAAAGAGGUUGUAAUUAUGUGACUAAUGGGUUUUUCUCUUGUAAUAUUUUGUGGUAAGUAGAAGGUGUAAUCGUUGUGAGUUUAAACAGUUUUGCUAACUUUAUAGAAUUAUAUUUAUGAAAAUUGGGCAUUUUAUAUUGGUUGUGCUUUUGCAAUGAUAAAUGUGCAUUUUUCU